GCAUGUUGCACGGGUGUUCUGCACGGCCGUAGUUAUCUUCCGUACACAGACGGGCGGAGCAAUGUGGGCAGUCUUGUUGUAACGCAGUUCGGCAUCUGCAAGGCAUAUGACGGAUUCUGCUUCAUAAACAACACACCUCUACAGGUCCAACAUGCCUCUUGGCGACAUGAGGACACCCCUGCUGUCCAACUCAUUUGACACCCCAGAGGAAUCCCUGCCCUGUGACACGGGAAACCCCACAGUGGGCAUCCUAGGCUCAGGUGAUUACUCCCGCUCCCUGGCUGUGCGAUUAGUUGCCUGUGGUUAUAGGGUAGUGGUCGGCAGCCGUGACCCAAAGCAUAUAGCCACCGGACAGUUUCCUGAUGGGGUUCAGCUUCUCACACAGCGGGAGGCGAUGGUUGGCACAGAGAAAGUUGUCUUUGCUGCUCUCUACCCUGAACACUACCACACCCUGGUGGGGUUGAGGGAUGUGCUGGCUGGGAAGGUGCUGGUGGAUGUGAGCAACGCCACCAAGCUUAACAGUGGAGAGCCGUCUAACGCUGAGAGGCUGGCAGAGCUGUUCCCAGAGAGCAGAGUGGUGAAGGGCUUCAAUGUGGUCUCAGCCUGGGCCCUACAGACCGGAGCUCAUGACGGCAGCAGGCAGGUCCUGAUCAGCAGUGACUGCCCUGAGGCCAAGAGAACUGUGAUCCAGCUGGCUCGCUGUAUGAGUUUCCUGGCAGUGGACAUGGGAGGCCUUGCUAGCUCUAGGUACGUUGAGGACGCCCCCCUGCGCCUCUUCCCAUCCUGGGGCGGCCCCCUAAUGGUCACCUUCCUUCUCAUCCUUUUCUUCUACGGCUACAACUUCCUGCGUGGUGUUCUCAUGCCCUAUCUGUCCCGGGGGCAAAACAACUUCUACCAGCUACCCCUGGAGACGGUGAACGAGACGCUACCAGCAGUGGCCCUGGUGAUCCUGGCGCUGGUCUACUUCCCGGGACUGUGGGCUGCCGCACUGCAGCUGGUCCGGGGAACAAAGUACAGCCACUUCCCCGGCUGGCUGGACCACUGGAUGGGGAGACGCAAACAGCUAGGCCUGCUGAGCUUCCUAUGUGCCGGGCUGCAUGCAGUCUACAGUAUGUGUCUGACCCUGCGCAAGGCUUCCCAAUACAGGCUGCUGGAUGCAGCGUACAGACAUGUGAAGGCAGGAGUGGAGCAUUCCUGGGAGGAGCCUCAGGUGUGGAGAUCGGACUUUUAUCUGUCCUCUGGCAUUCUGGGACUUGGUGUUCUGACUCUUCUGGCCAUCACAUCUCUACCCUCGGUGGGUAACGCUCUCAGUUGGAGAGAGUUCACUUUUGUACAGUCAGGGUUGGGGUAUGCUGCCUUGACUCUCUCCAUCAUGCACACCCUCUUCUUCAGCUGGGACUUUGCUUUCUUCUCAUUUGCUUACCCUUACUACAUGCCCCCCACAUACCUGCUGGCACUGAUCCUGCCCUGUCUGGUCCUGGUGGGUCGGCUCUUCCUGGCACUGCCCUGCCUAGCGUUCAGAUUGGCAAAGAUACGUCGAGGCUGGGAGAGUCCAUGCCACCACCCUCCUCAGACCCAAGAGGACACAGCCAAUGGCGUGCUGCCCAGGGACUUAAGUGGUGAUGUGUGACGGUCCAAUCAAGUAGAGACUCAGUGCAAAUCCAUUUUCUAGCUCUGAUGAAAGGGAUGAUUUGUAGUACAUAUUUUGUCUGACACACACUAUGGCACUUUUUAAUGCAACUUCAUUUUUAAAUCCAAAUAAGAAACAAACACAAGAAAAGUGUUACUAUUUUUCUAGAAACUGAAAUACUGAAAGGUUACCUCACAAGUCCAAUAUACAACUACCUUCUGUUAUGAUAAAUGCUUUGUUUAACUGGGUUAAGAAACAUGAACAGAAAUAUGUAUCACUUUCACUGAGUAUCAUAGCAAGAUAUUUCAUAUUUGACUAGACCUCUAAGCUUCUCUUGGGUAAAGUGAAGAAGGAUGUGACUACUUUCUGGUCAAUUUGAGCAUGUUCAAAUCUCCAAACCCACUAUUCGACAAGAUUUACCAACCAGAAGUGCCUGAAUUGAGCCUCAACUGAGAAGCUGCACUUGACCCUGAAAUAGGAAAAAUUAUAGACAGAAGUCUGUAUAAGGAUUAGUGUUAGAGACUUAGUUAAUACGGUCCGUCUUUGUUGUUCAGCUGUGUGUUACUGCGCUGUCGCUUCCAGACAGACAGUCUGUGUGCAGUGUUGUGGAAUAUCUUGAGUCAAAUAUUUGCACAGAUACCGGAACUUGUGAAUUCAAUUUAGACUUUAUUACAAAUGCAACAGAGCCGAGCCUUUCCAUGGAAAAUACUAAAUUCUCUAAUCACAGAGUUCUGACUUUAUAGUUUUUCCCGUCUUUACAUUGCACAUAUAGUCACUCCUUGUAUGUACAUGAACAACUCCUAUUGGCCUUAUAGUUCUCCCAUCUUUGCAUUACGUAUAGAAUCCCCUCCCUCUAUAUGAAAAUAACUCCUCUUGACAUUUCUCCACCAUUAUCUUUCCAUCUCAGUUCUUGCUUGUUAAUGCCCACAUCUGACAGCUGAAUAGGUUAUAAUGGUAGCAGGCCCUGUUCAUUUUUGUUCCAUUCCUUAUAUAGCCACUCUGUCUUAGCACUUCAAAGCUGACAAAGUGUUUAGACAAACACUGCCUGCUAAUAUUAGUCUUGAGUUUUGCAUUAGUUUCGCUACCACAGCAGCUCCAGUCCUAACAACAUUAUGUAAGGAGACUGAACACAUCGGUCACAAAACACACAACUACUGUCAACCUGGGAAAUGAGCAAUUAACUGAAGGAAAGUGUCUUCAGCGCACAGAUAAGGUGCGAUAUACACUCACCAGCCAGUUUAUUAGGUACACCACCCAGUUUAUGAAAAUGGAGACGGCAUUGAGCCAGUCAGUUACAGUUCGAUUGAAUGUUAAAAUGGGCAAAACGAGUAAUCUAAGCAACUGAGUGGUAUGAUCGUCUGGGCCAGGUGCGCCGGAUCCAAUAUCUCAAAAACAGCCUCACUCCUGUGAUUUUCACAUACGACAAUGUAUAGGGUUUACCGAGAAUGAUGCGACAAACCAAACAUACCCAGUCAGCGGCAUUCCUGUGGGUGAAAACAGCUCGUUGAUGAGAGGUCGAAGGAAAAUGUCAAGAAUCGUGCACAGGCGGACCAAAAACAGACAAAUAACUGCGCAGUACAAGUGGUGUGCAGAAAGGUAUCGUGGAACGCACAAUUCAUCGAUCCUUGUCUAUACUGGGUUCCACUCCGAUCAGCUAAAAAUAAGAUGCUCCAUUGGGCACGCAAUCACCCACACUGGACAAUUGAGUGGAAAAACAUCACCUGGUCUGACAAUCCCGGUUCCUGUGGAGUCAGAACUUGGCAUGAAGCAGCAGGAGUCUAUGGACCCAUCUUGCCUGGUACAGUGUAUAGCUGUGAUAAAGGGCCUUUUUGUGAUUCAUUUGUGUGUAAUGCAGUACCGUAUUUACUUGUAAAAACUAGAAUGGGCAAAGCCAGUGGUUUCUCCUUGGGUAAGAAUACAUUUCCUUUUUCUAUUGAAUAUUAAAGCUUAUAUGCCAUA